CCACCCUCAUGGUCCACCCGCUCACAUGCAGCGGACUAACCCGGAACACGCCCCGCUGUCGUCAUAUGUCGAGCUCAUAGAAUCUGAAGCUACCCCUCGUACCAUCGAGCUUUAAGAUUGCGUGCUGUACCGACCCGUUGAACAAUAAAAAAGAACCGUCGGCCCUCAUUCUAGUAAAAAACCGAAACUACAUAAGCUCAACCAUCCUACGAAUUACUUUACUAUAUUACAGCUCGACAUUAACAACAAUGGCUCUCGCGCCCCAGUUCGCAGGCCAAAAGCUGGCAUCGAGUGCCAUCCAGCCCAAAGCUGUUCACACUAUUGAGAUUUACCUUGAUUACGUCUGCCCCUUCAGUCAGAAGAUCUUCAAGACCGUCUACACAACCGGCCUACGCAAAACCCUCCUCGAAAAGUACGGCGACCGUGUCGUAACAAUCUUCCGGCAGCAAAUCCAACCGUGGCAUCCCUCAUCUACACUCGUCCACGAAGCCGGGUACGCAGUACAGAAAGUAGAUUCUUCCAAGUUUUAUGAUUUCUCCGAGAAGUUGUUUGAGCAGCAGAAAGACUUCUUCGAUGUCAAUGUUGUGAAUGAGACGAGGAAUGCUACAUACAAGCGUCUAGCUAAGAUUGCUGGGAGUGUAGGGGUGGAUGAGGGGAAGGUGUACGAUCUGUUGAAGAUUAGCGAUAAGCCAGGCGAAGAUGGAAGUUUGAACUCAGGCAAUGGGGUCACUGAUGACGUGAAGAUACAGGUGAGGCAAAACCGCUUGGUUGGUGUGCAUGUCACGCCUACUGUCUUGUUCAAUGGAAUCAUCAACAACGACAUCAGUAGCGGCUGGACGCAGGAGCAGUGGGAGGAGUGGCUGGAGAAGAACGUGAAGUGACUAGAUGGCUCGGAGUUGGGAAAGGCUGUGAGGAACGGUUCGAAACUUUAGCAUUGAAUCUAAUAAACAAUAUAAUGGUAUCUCAGUCCAAGAAG